AACCAAAACAAGCCACGAUAUGCGGACGCUUAUCUAUGGUCGCUCAGAAAGUCGACACCUGUGAUUCACCUUACUUCCUAGCAGAUAGUACAGUGGUUAGUUUGCAGCUAGACCCCGACGCGAAGGGCGUUGCUCGUAUUAGUAUAGAUACCGAAACGAUGACCAGUUCAAUCGAAAUCGAUUUCUACCCACGCCUGCCAUAGCAUAGUGCUCAGUAAUGGACGUUCUGGACGGAGUUCCGCGGUGCAUCCUCGGCUACCAGGUCAAAACCCGUACGCAGAUCGUGUUCAGCUUUCUGAUUCCGGUGAUUUUCGAACUGCUGGUGUACACGGUGGUCAUCACGGCCGAUGUGCUGGUGGUGGUGGAGCACUUUCGCAAUGGCAAUCCGUCGUGGGCUUGGUUUAGCUUGAGUUUCAUGUGGUUGCCGGCGAUUGCGUGCUUUUCGGCUGUUCUUUCGUCGCCCAGCCAAUGGCCCGAAGUGAUCGGGUUCGAUGAGCGGACGUAUAGGUUCGUAAAGAUGAAUCUGCUGGUGUUGGUGUUCUUCCCGGUAGCAGCUGUUUACAGGUUCAGUCGAAGGAUUUUCUGGAGCAUUGAAGCCUUAUUUCACGAUAAAUCUUCUUAUGGAAGAGUACAGGCCGUGAGCAAGAUCAGGGAGACAUCACCAUUCGAGUUGUAUCACUUUUUGCAAGCGUUCCUGCAUGCGGCCCCUCAGAUGUUGCUGCAGUUGUACAUUCUGCUGCGAGAUAACACAUUCCGGAAUUAUGACACAGUGACGGCGCAGAUAGUGAGUGUGGUGUUUUCGUUUCUAACAAUGGCAUCCAUUAUAACAUCGUAUCAGCGGUUCGAAAGCCAAAAGAUCGUUGGGCGGUGCUACCCGUGGUGUUCCGAAGAGCAGGUGAAGGCUCGCAGAAGAGAACUUCUGCGCACAACCAGCACAGUGGAAAGCGUGAUGGAGCGGAAUAUCACCAGCGUGCUGCCAGAGCCGGAUCCUAUGACACCGAACAUCAUGCGAAAUUUCUAUUCCAGAUAUAGCGAAGUAUCACCCACGCCCAGUGGAUCAAGCAUUCAGCGAAAGACUUUGAACGUGGAUCAAUCAAACUUCGACUCGUUUUCUAUGAAGAAGCUAAAAGAUCCCUACACAAACUGUACCGACGACGACAAACUAACCGGGGACACAGCGGAUUCUCUGUCUCCAACAGUAAGCUUCAAGCAGGACCUCGUUGAGAAUAUCGAAGACAUCCGCGACUAUUUACUAAGAACGGACGAUACAAAACUAGCCGCCAUCGAGGACAACAGUGAUGACGAGUACGAAGACCCAAUCUACGCGGAAAUAUUCGACAAAAGUCCUCGAACACCCGCUCCGCCCACCCCCGGUGCCUACCUAGCUCAGCGAGCUUCCAUGUUGAAGAACUUUUUCGUGUUCGACACCGAAAACUUCCUCAAGGAUCACGUUCCUCGACUGCCGGAAAAGCUGUUUGAUCACAGUAGUGAGAGGAAGUCAACGCCGGUGCCCACGGCGGACGAAACUGACGGUGAUCUCCUAUCACUGCCGUCACGCCGACAGAUCAUCUCCGGACUGGAAGAGGACGAUCUCAGCGGAAAGUCCGUUGCUUUCGCCGGCUGGGUCAUGUUCCUGUUGAUGCGAAUGGUUGCUCUCUCGGUGUUCUACGUUUUCUUUUCCACGUACUUCUGGAUGGUUUGCCUGAAUCAUUACUUGCUAAUGAUCGCCUGCAUCAUCUACGAAGUGCGAUUCCACGAGAAACUGGAACGGUACUAUUUUUACUUGUUCCUGGCUUACAUCUACAUGUUCUCUUUGAUGGAGUUCAAGAUCAAGUUCAUCCACGUGCGAACGUGGUACGUGGGAUACGUAACGAUAGUUUUGGUAGAGAACUUCGCCAUGAGUGCCAUUUGGUACAAUCUGGGAUCGUUCGAGUCCUGGUGGUUCGACUUCCUGCACUACAUCACAAUCGUCAGCGGGGUGCUUAGUGUGCUGUGUUUCUUAUUUUAUUACGCAUUCUUGCGACCUAGAGAUAAGCUGUUGUUUGUAAACUGAAAAGUCGUUCUUUUCUGUAGGAUGCUAGCUAAGUAGUAUCUUAUCAAUGUAAUCGAAUACCAAUGAGAAGUUUAAUGAAAUACAUACAAGUAUAAUGAAUAAAGUGUAAUGUAAUAUAAUGAAUAAUGAGCGUUAAGUUUCUUCUGUGUUUAUUAUAUACUGUUCACAACGGUUGGUUUGACCUAGGGAGGUACAGAUACAGGUGGCGCAGAUAAACAUUGCGAACCACUAGUUGUAUCUUUUGUUCUACAGCUGAUGUAAUGCAACUCAAUAAAUCACGUCACUACUCUA